AUUUGUCAAUGUCAUUUCAACCAAGCAAAAUUGCGUCCUACUAAUUUAUCGCGUCUUUCCUUCCAAAGCUUUUUUUAUCAUAGUAUUCUUAUUAUCUUAUUUUCUUUUUAUGCUAGACAAAAAAUGUUUACCACUAUGAUCUGUUGUUGAGCUGUUAAGUAGUGGAAUUUGUGUGUGUGGAAGGUGUAGCGCGUAUCAUGUCUUCCCAGUUGUCAGACGAGAUAGCUGACAUUGCCAUGACAGGGACCGAGGCUGAUUCUUCGCAAACACACGCUCACGAAGCAUCAUCAAGUGUCACGGCAGAUGAUGCAUCAUCAAGCAAUGCGGCGACGCCCGCCAGCAGUGAGGGCCAGGCGUCCAGGCAGUCAAACCUUCAGCGUAUACAACAGAGGAAGAACCAGGUCUACAACUGGCCACACAACAAGAAACUGCUCAAAUUGGCCAUCUACUCUGCUUGCCAAACCCCAGACUGUGCGUGCAAUGGCUGGAAGACCCCAGUUGCGCAGCAGACAGGCAAGGGAAGCAGGGCUGACAAUCAACCCUUAGCCAGCUUUACAGACCCAUGUCGUAACUGCAAUCAUAUAUUAGAAAAACAUGUAACCCAUCUACAAGGCCUUUCGGUAACGGAGGUAAAUAAACUACUGGGUGCAGUGGUUGACGUGGAGAAUAUAUUCAUGUCUAUGCACAGGGAGGAUGAUCUCGACACCAAACGGGUGUAUUAUUAUCUGUUCAAACUCCUCCGAAAAUGCAUCCUAACUCAAACACAGCCCAAAAUCGAGGGUCCUCUCGGCCAACCUCCUUUCGAAAGGCCCUCCAUAGCCAAAGCUAUCACAAACUUCGUUCUGUACAAGUUCAAUACAUUACCGCAGAGGGAAUGGCAGACCAUGUAUGACUUAGCUAAGAUGUUCCUACAUUGCUUCAACCAUUGGAAUUUUGAAACACCCAGUGUUAGGAAACUGCAAGUAUCAAACCCGGAAGAUAUUUCGACAUAUCAAAUAAAUUAUACCAGAUGGCUAGUAUUCUGUCACGUCCCAGCAUUCUGCGAUUCUCUACCGCACUACGAAACGUCCGUCGUAUUCGGUCGCACGUUGUUGCGUGCAGUAUUCAAGUCUGUUUGUCGACAGUUGAUGGACAAAUGCCGGUCCGAGAGGGACAGAAUGCCACCAGAAAAAAGGGUACUAGUGCUAAACCACUUCCCGCGUUUCCUGAGUUUACUGGAAGAGGAAAUCUUCAGUGUGAACUCGCCCAUCUGGGACCCUGACUACAAGCAACAACCUCCCAACCAUUUACAAUCUAUCAUAGAUAACAAAACCCCCAAUAGACGAGGCGAGUUCGAACGCGUCACUGCAACGGGCGAGAGCAAAGAUGGUUUCACUACAGUUUCACUUUCUUCGUGUUCAAUAAAACGUGAAGAUCUGAAGCGAUCGUCCGAAGUACGCAGCGGAGAUCAGGGCUGCAAGAGACGGAGAUUGGAUGACUCCAUAUAUGACGGCACGGAUGACGUCAGCGAGCGCACCGUCGCUGACAUAGUGGCCACCAUCACCGACCCCAACUAUAUGUGCGGGCCUGAUGCUCUAUUCCAAAUGCAAGCGCCGCGCGAUGAGGCGGCCAAAUUGGAGGAGCAACGGAAGCUAAUAGAGUUCCACGUCAUCGGCAACUCCUUAACUGGGCCGGUUAAUAAACAAACCAUGCUAUGGUUAAUCGGUCUCCAUAACGUAUUUUCUCACCAGUUACCUGAAAUGACUAAAGAGUAUAUUUCUCAACUAGUUUUCGAUCCCAAACACAAAACUUUGGCUUUGAUAAAAGAAGGGAGGCCAAUUGGUGGAAUCUGCUUUAGAACUUUUCAUUCGCAGGGUUUCAGUGAGGUAGUGUUUUGCGCGGUGACCUCUAACGAGCAAGUGAAGGGCUACGGCACGCAUCUUAUGAACCACCUCAAGGACUACCACAUCCGGAACAACAUCCUGCAUUUCCUCACCUUCGCCGAUGAGUUCGCUAUUGGCUACUUCAAAAAGCAGGGUUUCAGUAAAGACAUAAAGCUGCCGCGCACGAUGUACUCCGGCUACAUCAAGGACUAUGAAGGCGCUACGUUGAUGCACUGCGAGCUUAACCCGCGAAUUGUUUAUACCCACUUCACUGCCGUCAUACGCAGGCAGAAAGAGAUAGUGAAAAAAUUAAUAGAUAUGCGACAAAAAGAAGUGCGAAAGGUGCACCCUGGCCUAACUUGCUUCAAAGAGGGCGUCCGCAGCAUCCCAAUUGACUGCAUCCCAGGGGUCAGAGACGCGGGCUGGCGCGAGGCGCGCGCUACCAGGGCGGCUCCCGAUCCAGAGCCAGACCCCUCCGCUCUGCGCACCAUAUUACACGCGGUAAAAAACCACGCGGCGGCCUGGCCUUUUCUGAAGCCCGUAGAUAAGGCUGAAGUUCCUGAUUACUACGAUCAUAUCAAAUAUCCUAUGGAUCUGCGCACGAUGGGCGAGCGCAUCAAGGCGCGCUACUACGCGUCGCGACGCCUGUUCGUGGCGGAUAUGGCGCGAAUCUUCUCCAACUGUCGCCUCUACAACUCGCCUGAUACGGAUUAUUAUAGAUGCGCGAACACGCUAGAGAAGUACUUCCAAGCGAAGAUGAAAGAGUUAGGGCUCUGGGACAAAUGAUCCCAGUUCAACUUCGACGACUUCUUCCUGCGGGAGAUGCGGACCGCGCAGACUAACUGAACGUUCCGAGAGUCGUCCUGUAUAUAGAUAAAUGCUAACUUUGAGGCCACGACUUUGUUGUAAAAAUGAAAUACGGCGCCACUGGCACCAAACGAGUUUCUUCUUUUAUUUUGUAUACGAUAAGAGGUAAUAGGCUGGCAUGGUAUAGGCAUAUAAUGCAAAGGGAAGGAAGUUAUAUCACUAGAAGAGUGUUAUUUUAUUUGUAUCGCGGAGCUGUUAUGAUAGGAUAGGCUAGUUUUGCGAUUUUCUCGAUACUUUUUUCGAUGAAUGACUUUAAGCCAAGAUCUAUAGAGCGAUUAUUGACUUUACUCUAAUUGAAGACACUGUUAAAACGAGACAGCGCUAUAUCGCUACAUAAAUCCGUCUCGUUUUAACUGAAACUGUUAUGUUUGAAUAAUAAACAGAUGCGCAAGUCGCAUUAGUUGUAUUCACUGUAAGUCUUAAGUAAGGUUGUUUAGUCUUAAGAUUAGGAAAGUUAGCUAAAUAAUUUAUAAAACAUGCCAGGAGCAACCGCGUGGUUAGCAUAGCUAUAGUACGCGAAAAGCAAGUAGUCCAAUCUGAAGUUGCUACUGAACUUUUCAAUUUGCGCAUGUCAUAGACUAAGGAUUCAAUACUGUUUUUGCACAAUGCGUAGUUAUACGCCUCGUGUUCAGAGUGGACUAAUUGUUUUGCGCGUUUUGUUUUGUUUUAGACUUUUUUUGACGACCUCCCUGGCG